CCUUCGGAGCUGCUGAUGCUAAAAGAUGUUGACAAAGCAGCGAGGACCUGGGGGCCCGGCGCCCAGUCGCUAUGGUAACGAGGAGACGCCGGUGCACGUGCACGGCUUUCUGACGGAAAAGCUUAGCUUGAACCUAGACAAGAGCGUAACGACGUCAGCGACUUGCGGCAGCAGCGUGACUUACGGCACUUCCGCCCCUUCGGAGAGCGCCGUUGGAGAGCCGGGAGGAUGCGAAGGCCGGCGCGGGCUUCCGCGUUCCCUCGGCUGGCCUCCCUGCAGCAUGACCCAGUCGGUGGUCGUGCAGGUCGGCCAGUGCGGAAACCAGAUAGGCUGCUGCUUUUGGGACUUGGCGCUGAGGGAGCAUGCCGCGGUCAAUCAGAAAGGAAUUUAUGAUGAAGCGAUAAGCAGCUUCUUUAGAAAUGUGGAUACCAGAGUGGUUGGUGAUGGUGGCAGUAUUUCCAAGGGGAAAAUUUGUUCUUUAAAAGCAAGAGCUGUUUUAAUUGACAUGGAGGAAGGUGUAGUAAAUGAAAUUCUGCAGGGACCUUUGAGAGAUGUAUUUGAUACCAAGCAGCUCAUCACUGAUAUUUCUGGCUCAGGGAAUAAUUGGGCCGUGGGUCACAGAGUUUUUGGCAAUCUUUAUCAAGAACAGAUUUUAGAGAAACUCAGAAAGUCAGCAGAGCACUGCGAUUGUUUGCAGUGUUUUUUUAUAAUACAUUCCAUGGGAGGAGGAACAGGAUCUGGACUUGGCACAUUUCUUUUAAAAGUGCUUGAGGAUGAAUUCCCAGAAGUAUACAGACUUGUGACUUCCGUUUAUCCUUCUGGUGAGGAUGAUGUCAUAACUUCGCCUUACAAUAGCAUCUUGGCAAUGAAGGAACUUAAUGAGCAUGCAGACUGUGUGUUGCCCAUUGACAACCAAUCUUUAUUUGACAUCAUUAGCAAAAUUGACCUCAUGGUGAAUUCUGGAAAAUUGGGGACAACUAUAAAGCCAAAGAGUCUGGUUACUUCAAGUGCUGGGGCUUCUAAAAAGCGGCAGGAGAAGCCCUUUGACGCAAUGAACAACAUUGUGGCAAAUUUGCUGCUUAACCUAACAAGCUCUGCGAGGUUCGAAGGAUCCCUUAAUAUGGACCUUAAUGAAAUCAGCAUGAAUUUAGUUCCUUUUCCUCAAUUGCAUUAUCUCGUGUCAAGCCUAACACCUCUAUAUACACUGGCAGAUGUUAACAUUCCUCCUCGAAGGUUGGAUCAGAUGUUUUCAGAUGCCUUUAGUAAACAUCACCAGCUAAUUCAGGCUGAUCCCAAACAUAAUCUCUACCUUGCCUGUGCCCUUAUGGUUAGAGGAAAUGUCCAGAUUUCAGAUCUUCGCAGAAAUAUUGAAAGAUUAAAACCUUCUCUGCAGUUUGUCUCCUGGAAUCAAGAAGGUUGGAAGACCAGCCUGUGUUCAGUACCGCCUGUGGGUCAUUCUUAUUCAUUAUUAGCUUUAGCAAAUAACACAUGUGUGAAGCCUACCUUUGUGGAACUGAGAGAGAGAUUCAUGAGGCUCUAUAAGAAAAAGGCUCAUCUUCAUCACUAUCUACAAAUUGAAGGGAUGGAGGAAAGCUGUUUCACAGAAGCUGUGUCAUCUUUAUCAGCACUUAUACAGGAAUAUAACCAGCUAGAUGCCACAAAAAGCAUGCCUGUGGAAGAUUUACCUAGAUUAAGCAUAGCUGUGUAAAAAAGAAACCCAAAAACUGCUUUUACUUUUUCUUAAUUUCACAUUUUUUUGGUCAUCUUACCUUUGUGUUUCAUAAUUUUUGUGAUUCAGAAAGCCCAGUUUGUGUUUUUCAUAUUAGGACGUAUUUUUGUCUGAAAGAGUGGUUCCAUUUCAUCACAAUUUGUUGUGUCAAAUUAAUAAAAUCAUAGUACCUUAACUUCAAAAAUUUGUCUUCAGAAAAUCCCCCUUUUCUGAAAUUGAGAGAACAGAGUUCUUUAGUAUUUAUUUAUAAUCUUAUAUUGAGGCAUUUAUACAAGAUAAUCAUGUCUUCAAUAAAAUCUUGUACAGAUUUUUUUUAUAUUUAUAAUUUGUUUUUAUAUUGUUUAAAUUCAUCUGAUUCUUUAAAAAUAAAUACAAGGAGUUGAAGAACAUAAUGUAAAUAUUUCUGUGUAAUACCCACUAACUUCAGGGAUAGGUUUUAUCACAGCUCUUACGGAGGUUUUGUUUCUUCUUUGGAUAACCACUUGUUUGUACUCAAAAGAAUCAAUUUACAUUUAACAUGCAUUUAUAUUAAAUUAUUUUUAAGUAUAAUGCUUUGUUAUCAAAUCAGUUGAUUUUAUAAUAAUAAAUGUCCAUAUUUUU